UGGAAAAGGUUGCUCCUAAUGUUUAAUGCUGACAUCUUUAAACCCCACCCGGUAGACUGAUUCUUACGUUACUGUUCAUCCGAUGUCUGAUUUGAAAGGCUACGCCGUGGAUUCUACAUUUCUUUGAUACCGGCCUAAGGUCUUGGAUCUUUGGUCUGUGGUUUUGUCACUAUAAAGUAGAACCAUAUGGGCAUAACCUAGUAGUGGGAAAUAGUCUGGACCUUUGGACAUGCGUACAUAACGCAUGAGUACCUAAGCUGGAAUCUGUUCUGGUUUAGUAAAUAGUGUUAUUUCUCUCUUGAAGCUUAGCUCUACAAAUCUGAUAGAAAUGCUUCAGUUUCAAAGCCAUGUUGUGGCAGCAGCCUCAACCGGAGUUGAGGCAUUGCAAUCCCUAAAUCAGGAGGAUCAUCUAGGAUCUCUGGACAUGAUAUCAACCCCUUACCAUUCUCCAUGGGUGAAUCCCACUUCUUCUUCUUCUUCACUAGGAUCGGUUCUAUUUGAUGACAGGCCCCUGGAUUUAUCAGAAAUCGACAUAUUUGUCAAUCAGAUGGGCUGCUUAGACAGUUGGGCAAGUUUGGAGAAGAGUCAUGAGAUUGCAAGACCGUUGAAAACGGCAGAGAUGCAGACCUCUGAUGCAGCUUGUGAUCCCCAGCUUAAUGUCCUCAAUGACUUAGUCAAGAAAUGCAAUUCAACAGAAGAUCUCUUUUAUGGUGAGGUUAAUCCUCACGGUAGUUUUCUACAGGAUGUCACUCGGCCUCUUAAUAAUGCUCCGGGCUAUAAUUUGGGUCCUGUAAUACAGCAAGAUUCAUUUGGCUCUGUAGUUAAUUCAGAGCCCAGAGAGGCCACUGAGAAUGAUAUUAAGGAGGGAGUCCUCAAAUUGCCCGCGAAGAGAUCAAUAGGAGCCAGAACAGCACAACUUAGGCCAAACAAGAGAGGAGCAUUACACCACAAAAGUGGUGAAAUGGAAAUAUCCCAGAGGGAGAUUCAUAUUCAAUCAGAGAGAGAGAGGAGAAAAGGAAUGAAUAACUUGUUUGAAAGAAUGAGAGCUUUGCUGCCAAGUCCAAACCAGAAGGUAGAUAAGUCUACAGUAGUCUCAGAAAUCAUAAACUACAUCCAAUCUCUGCAGCAAAAUCUUGAAGAUCUCAACAAGAAAAGGGCCAAAACGGUAUCAAGCCCAGGAGCAGGCACUGCCCCCAUAAAAACUGAGCCUGUAAAUUGUGCAGAAUCUAUUCAAUCAAGAUGCACUGACUCAGACAGUCCGCCAUCAUUAUCACUGAAUGAAGAAUCCACAAAGCAAGCACCUCAGGUGGCUUUACAUUUCAAUGGGAAUGAUAUUUUCAUCACAAUAUGCUGCUCCCACAAGGCCAAUUUGCUUCCUGCUAUUAUAUAUGUUGUGGAAGAUCACAAACUGCAAAUCAUGUGUGCAAAUGUCUCAAGAACAGAUACAGUAGCAUUUCAUUGCCUGCAUGUCAAGGCUUUGGAUACUCCAGGCACCAAUAUUAAGCAAGCUUUAAGAGACUCUUUGAAGAAACUUGUUUGCUUGGACAAUCAAAUUCGUAUGUAACAGUAAAAGUUUCCAUUCUCAAGGUUUCAAAUUUCUAUGCAGCUUUUCUAUAUGCCCUUGCCCAUGAAUAUGGUCCAUACUUGGAGCACUAAAGAUCAUUUGUUCCUCCAUCCAGUUAUACGCAUGGCAUCUGCUUCCAGUUGCCUUGUUUUCCGGACAAGAACAAAUGACAUUGUACUGUUUCAUUGGGUUUGGAUUUUGUGACAAGCAUCAAGACUUUUAAUACUAUUCCAAUAAAAUUCGUUUCUUUUUGUUUGUA